UACAUGGGUGCAUGCAGCGGUGAAUUUAACAACGCAUCCUCAACAUUUUCAUGAUACAUCCCUCUGACCCUUGACGUCUAUGCGUAGAUCACGUUGAAGCGUGAAAAAAAUGGCGUCCGUCUCAGAUAUGUACGAUGUGACCUGGGAAGAAAUGCGUGAUAAACUUAGAAAAUGGAGAGAUGAAAAUUAUCGCAACAGUGAACAAAUUGUGGAAGUGGGUGAAGAAUUAAUUCAGGAACAUGCAUCAAAGCUUGGAGAUGAUGUUUGGAUUAUUUAUGAGCAAGUGAUGAUCGCUGCCCUGGACUGCAGUCGGGAUGACUUGGCUACGACAUGUCUUCAUGAGCUGCAGAAACAAUUUCAAGGUAGCCACAGAGUGAAGCGAUUAGCUGGCAUGCGUCUUGAAGCUUUGGAGAGGUAUGAUGAAGCCUUCAAAAUGUACAAUGACAUCUUACAAGAUGAUUCGACCAAUACAGCUGCAAGGAAGCGUAAGAUUGCCAUUCUCAAAGCCCAAGGAAAAAGCACAGAGGCCAUCCGGGAGCUGAAUGAGUAUCUGGAGCAAUUCGUUGGGGACCAGGAGGCUUGGCAUGAACUAGCAGAGCUUUACAUCAACGAGCAUGAUUAUGCAAAAGCAGCAUUUUCCCUAGAGGAACUGAUGAUGACCAAUCCACACAAUCACUUGUACUGUGAGCAGUACGCAGAGGUUAAGUACACCCAAGGUGGAAUCGAGAACCUGGAACUGUCAAGAAAAUACUUUGCGCAAGCACUCAAGCUAAACAACAGAAAUAUGAGAGCUUUGUUUGGCCUCUACAUGUCUGCAAGCCAUAUUGGUGCUAGCCCUAAAGCGAGUGCUAAAGUGAAGAAAGACAAUGUGAAGUAUGCAGCCUGGGCGGCAAGCCAGAUCAAUAGAGCUUACCAGUUGGCAGGUCAUGGAACAAAGGAGACCAAGUGUUCUCUGAAAGCAGUGGAGGAGAUGUUGGAAUCCAUGCAGAUUAUGCCAUCUUAGACCCAGCCAGACCAUUGAUAUACGACAGCUCAACCUGCCACUUCACUGCACACAGACAAGCUUGAAUAUCUUGAAUAUUAUUAUUUUUUUUUUCAAAAACAUUGUGUCACAGUUAUCCUUGUAUAUAAGUUAUGUUUUGAUUAAUUUAUCAGAGAUUGCCUUAACAAAUAAAAACACACUUUACACUUCUCA